AUGGGAGUUUUUAAACUUCCCUACUCUGUCCGUGAUGAUCUCACGGUGAUGGUCAGGAACUUCUAUUGGGGUGCAGCCCAAGGGAAACGGAAGGUGCACCGGAAGUCUUGGCAAAAACUGCAACAACCAAAAAGCAAAGGGGGUGCAAAGUUUCAUGAUUAUCGGUUGUUCAACCAGGCCCUUCUAGCUCGGCAGGCAUGGAGACUCCUAACUAGGCCUGAGAGUUUAUGUGCAAGAUUGUUAAAGAGUAAAUAUUACCCCAAUGGCAAUUUAGAGGAUACGGUUUUCUCGGGUAAUGCUUCUUCUACUUGGACUGCUAUCAGCCAUGGCCUUGAUCUGCUCAAGAAAGGGCUGAUAUGGAGAGUGGGAAACGGCUGGAGUAUUCGAAUAUGGAGGGAUACUUGGAUUCCUAAGCCUUUCUCGUACAGGCCAAUUUCGGCACAAGGUACAUACAGAUAUUGA